GUACCAAUUUUUGGAACUUUUUUUUAUGUCUUUAUUUUUUAUUAUUUUUGUUUUGUGAUAUUUGUUACAUUGUGGAAUUAUCGUAUGCUUACCGUAUUUUUUUGAUAUAUAUUUUUUCAGGCCACUGGUUCAGAACCUCAGCCCAAAGUGCACCAUCUUCAUCAGGCGUUCGGGGUGCCGAGUACACUGAUUUAGUGGCUCGGUUGGAUAGGAUCGAGGCUGACACUCAGGGUCUGUAUGCUGCUCAUGUCGAGCUGAAGAAGGCAUACGAGACAAGCCAUGUAGAGCUGAAGGGUGGUCAGAACGUAAUUAUGGAGCAGCUCAGACACAUAUUGGCCAUGUUGAAUCGUCCGCCAACGACAGCUUCAGCUCCGGAGGCCCCAGCAGAUCCAUCUACCCCACCACCAGCUGCUUCACCCCCAGUAGAAGAGGAUGAGGUCUUCCCCGACGAUUACGAUCCUUAUGAGGGAGCUCCAGCGACUCCGAUCGAGGCACAACCUCUUAUCCAUGUACAUGACACCGAGUCGCAGGGUGAGAUUCUGUCCAUAGAGGCACAACCUGCAGUGGUUAAGAGUCGGAAGAGGAAGAGAAAGCCUCCUGUAUGGUUCGGUGACUAUACGGAGAUGAAGAGGAGACAUAGGCCAUCUUCGACUUUUGAUCCCCUGGAGCCACCGGAUGAGAAAUUGUUAACCACUUUCCGAAAGUGGUGUGUUGGACUCAUUCGAACCACCGACUUCGGGAUUUGAGAAGUGGUGAUUACGGUCCAGGAUUCUUUUGGAUAAUGCUCACACCAAAGGAAUGGCUUACAGAUGACGUAAGUAAAGUAUUUUAUAAUAUUACUUCACUUUUCAACUUUAUGUACAAUGCAAUUAAUAUAUUUUUUUGUGUAACUGACAUUUCCGUUUAUAUGCAGCAUAUAGAUGCAGCAAUGCAUAUGCUGAGGAGGCGACGCACCGACUAUCCACUGACAUUUCCUCAGAAGGGUAUCAUUCUCUCCACAUUCGUGACCGCCAUGAUCAGCAGUGCAUGGACGAGCCACAAGGGUCCGAGGAAAAACUUUAAAUGGGAGGAUUAUAUCCUGGACUACUGCACAGGGGCUCAUAAGUCCCAAGUCUUUGAGAGAUGGAGGGGUAACGAGUUUAUUUACUUCGUUCUGAACCUUCCCACGGCAAGGCACUGGGUCACAGUUGAAGUCGACAUAGAGCUGUGGAAAAUUAAUGUCUACGACUGUGAUUCCAGCGUCUGUCAUUGGACCGCCAUGGAACCCAUCAUGAAGGUUUGGGCAGAACUGCUGCCCUCGCUAAUCCUUGCAACCGGGGAAUUUCCACAUAACAACCAGAUCAUGGCGUUAGCUAACGGUGACAUCACGGUGCUUCCAAAAAUGCACGCGACUCGAGCCACUCACGACUUAGUUCCGAAGUCAGCAACCAGUGGUGAUUGUGGCGUGUAUUGCAUUGAGUAUGUGGAGCAUCUCAUGAUGCAGCGUGGAUUGACCGAUGUGACGCCAGACCGGAUAGCCAUGUUUCGUCAACGGUGGUGUGUCGAUUUAUUUUACCAAAAUGUCGGCUGAUUAUAUGUGUAAUUAUUGGGACAUUGUAUAUUUUGUGUAAUUAACAUUACAGUUAUGUAUAUAUAGAUUUUCUUUUCGUUCAAA